UGUUAUGAGAUAAACGUCCUUCGAUCAAGAUUAAACUACGCAAUGGUGUAAAUCGGGUUUUCUAGCUCACGUCUAAAUAUAACUAAAUAAGUAUAAAAUAAUAUCAGUAACCUGCGUGCGAUUGAAUUGAUAUCACGUACAUAUUUGAGUACAUGUAAAAAAUGGAACACAUAAUGCACUCGCAAAUUCUACACGAGUUGAAAGUAUUAUCUGACAGAGUUGCAACUAUUCAAGAUGAAAUAUCCAUUUUAUCUCGCCAGUUUUCUGAUCACAUAUCAAAUUGUCAAAGUACCAAUGCUGAAUGUUUAGCACGGAAGAGCAUAGCAAAUGAAGACAGCAAACGGCCGACAGAAAAUUCCGACCAUGAAAAUACAUGUAUUUUAUCGUGCAAAGAUCAAACGCUGGAAAAAUCACUGAAUUGUAAUUCUUGUCAGUCGUCACCUAAAGAAGAUUGCCAAUCGAAGGGCACAGACGCACGGAAAACCCGUGCAGGAGAAAACGGCGCUACGCCUUCAAAUACAGGACAUGUUGAUAUUGCUACAAACGAGAGAGAAAAAGACGUUCAUUUGUUGUGCAGAAAAGGUUCAAAGAAAAUAAAGCAGGAUUGUUUAAGGAAAGCUAUACAACAGAACAUUGUCUUGCUGGUCGAUAAUUUGUCAUGCUCAGAAACUGAGAUAAUCGACACUAUGAUAGCGUCCGAUUGUUUAACGGAAACAGAAAGUUCUGAUCUCAGAAGAAACGGAAGUAAAAAAGAUUGCGUGCGCAACUUGAUAAGAAUUGUUCGCGGGAGGUCGUAUAAUGUUUUGAAAACUUUUGUGAAAUGCGUCGAGAACUUCCAUCCUGAUGUUGCUGAAUCGAUCUCACAAGUUUAUGAGAAACUUAUGAAGGACAGGAAAAAUUACAUUAAAAGGUGUACAUUUUGUGAUCUUAAGACGUCGGAUAGCAUUAAAAUGGUUGCGGAUCAUUUGUGGGGCAUUGAUGCUAUUUCUGAUUCACUGUAUGACGAAAUCGUCUCCGAAAACAAAAGUAGAGAAGAACUAUGGGAAAAGCUUGCCGAUGAAGUGAACAGAGGGAACGCCCAUCACAAUGCCUUGAAAAAACUUAGUAGAGUAUUGGCAGAAAGAGGCCACUACAAAGACUUGUCCUUAAAACUGAGUAAGAUGUCUUUUUUGAAAUGCAUGUGCUUUAAAGAAAACAGUUCCAUAAAAACUGAGGGUCAAUUAACGCUCAACAUUCUGGUGACCGAUGUGGACGAAAUGUCAACUGCUUCCCCUUUGAGUACCCCGACCAGUUCACUGAGCUUAGUGGAUGAAACCGAAAACGAGGAUUGGUUCGUUGCAGACGACAAUUCUCCCGCCAAUAAACACGAGAACUACUUCCUGUCUCCGAGGGCAGCUGUACGUGACAAACAGGAUUCUUCUAUUGGACUCAGGAAAAGUUUAACGUUCAGCCAGAACACUAUAGAUCUAGCCGUAGAAUUUCGAGCUGCACGAUCAAACAGUUUUGGUAAAUCUUCUAAUAUAAGGGGACGUUCACAGACACUUGCGAAUCGGAGGGCAUCAAUGUUUAUUUAAAUCAUGGAAAUAUAUCCGUUAACAUUUAGGAAGAUUUUUCCCCUUCUGUUUAUGAAACAGUUUAGGUUCUUUCAACUUUUAACAUUAAACAGAUGUGUGCUAAAUAUAUCAACAGUUAGUUGACAAUUAAUAUGGAACAUAUCGCAAGAAAUAAAUAUGCCGUCGGAACUGUUGACUGCAAAGUACACAUUCAAGUAGCAAGACGUUUACAGUGUUAUUAUGCAGCAUUUUUUUUUAUAUUUUAGAUAAACAAAGAGAACAUUUAUUAUUAUACAAAUCCUCAUAUCUAACUGACAUUUCCAGAAA